CUCGAGGCCCCGCCGAGCUUCCGCCCGGAGAGCGGGGCAGGGCGGAGACAGCGGCCGCCGGGAGAGCACGCGGCGCGGCUAAGAUGGCGGCUCCGCUGGCUGGGCAGGCGGGGGCUGUGCUGCGGGACCUGGCCCUGAGAUCCGCCCGCCUGCGGGGCAGCUUCCCGGCUAUUCAAUUAACCCCUAGACGAUGGCUGAACCUGCAGGAGUACCAAAGCAAAAAAAUAAUGGCAGACCAUGGGGUUACAGUUCAGAGAUUCUUUGUAGCUGAUUCUGCAAAUGAUGCCCUGGAGGCUGCUCAGAGACUAAAGGCUAAGGAAAUUGUUCUGAAGGCACAGAUUCUUGCUGGAGGGAGAGGAAAAGGUAUUUUCAAUAGUGGAUUGAAAGGAGGAGUGCAUUUAACGAAAGACCCUAAGACUGUUGAACGGCUUGCUAAACAGAUGAUUGGGUACAAUCUGUCAACAAAACAAACUCCAAAGGAUGGUGUGACAGUUAAAAAGGUGAUGGUUGCAGAAGCACUGAAUAUUUCAAGGGAAACAUACUUCGCCAUUUUGAUGGACAGAGCCUGCAAUGGACCUGUUAUGGUUGGCAGCCCACAGGGUGGUGUUGAUAUAGAAGAAGUUGCAGUUACUAGCCCAGAACUUAUCUUUAAGGAGGAAAUAGAUAUUUUUGAAGGCAUAAAGGAUCAUCAGGCGUUGCAGAUGGCAAAAAAUUUGGGAUUCAAAGGACCUUUGCAACAGAAGGCAGCGGAUCAAAUUAAGAAGCUGUAUAAUCUUUUCUUGAAAAUUGAUGCCACUCAGGUUGAAGUGAAUCCCUUUGGUGAAACUCCAGAAGGGCAAGUGGUUUGUUUUGAUGCCAAGAUAAACUUUGAUGACAAUGCAGAAUUUAGGCAAAAAGAAAUAUUUGCCAUGGAUGACAAGUCUGAAAGCGAGCCUAUAGAGAACGAAGCUGCCAAAUAUGACUUAAAAUACAUAGGACUGGAUGGAAAUAUUGCUUGCUUUGUCAAUGGAGCUGGACUUGCAAUGGCAACAUGCGAUAUAAUAUCCUUGAAUGGUGGAAAGCCAGCCAACUUCUUGGAUUUGGGUGGUGGCGUGAAAGAAGCACAAGUAUAUCAAGCGUUCAAGCUGCUGACUGCUGAUCCAAAGGUUGAAGCGAUACUUGUGAACAUAUUUGGUGGGAUCGUGAACUGUGCCAUUAUAGCCAAUGGCAUUACCAAAGCCUGCCGAGAGCUUGAGCUGAAAGUACCUCUGGUGGUCAGACUGGAAGGAACAAAUGUUCAUGAAGCCCAGCGUAUUCUGAAUGAAAGUGGACUCCCCAUCACGUCUGCAAAUGACCUUGAGGAUGCAGCAAAGAAGGCUGUGGCUAGUGUGGCCAAAAAAUAACAACCUGAAGAUUAUUCUCGUGGGAAGUAUGUGUAUUGCACAAGAUGUCAUUCCUGUCACUGUUUCACAGA